ACGUGGAUACAUCGCUAGAGUCUUGGUCUAAAAACCGAACCAAACCAACUAACCACGGUUACCAAUAAAAAAAAGAAAUGAAACAAACAAACUAAUGGUCAAAUGAAAAUCUCCAGCCCAGUGACAUACAAAAAUUCAGGCCUUCUAUUUUGAAUUUAUUUUCUUUGGUUUCGAUUUUCUUUCUGGUUGAAUGGCGGCACUUAAGAAGUGAGAAAGCACAUCAAAUUAAAGCCAAAACUACAGGAAACAAAAACAAAAAACGGAAUUCAAAAAAAGAGGAGAAAUAUGAAAAACCAAGUGCUAAAAAUGGGCUUCAUGCCGCAUUUGAUGCGUUUGAGAAAAAAGUGCUGAAAACUAAAAUGUCGUAAAGAAGUUCUGGCAUUUAAUAGUGCGUGUGGAGCAGAGUGGAGAGUGCUGCUUCUUAGUUUGUGAAAUGCGAGCGGGGAAAAUAUAAUAAAAAACGGCAUAUAAAUCGUAAUACAUAUAUAAAUGUACCACAACAAAGAACAUAUCAACACAUACUAUAUGUCAGAAUAUAUGUAGCUGUGUGUGUUUGUAGAAACGAGAAUAAAACCAAAGGAAACCCUGAGUAUGUGUGCAACAGUGAGUGUGCGUGCGUGCGUGCGUGUGCCUGCACAACUGAUUGUAGUGUAAUUAUUAUUUGAAUGCAGAAAAUAACAAAAAUCCCCAUAUCAAACAACAACUUGACAUAAAAUUUAACGACUCAGAAUUGAUGGCUUAAAAGUAUCCAUAAAAUUAACAAAAAAAAAAGAAAAAACAAAACUUCCAAAAAAUCAACCUACAAAAAACCCCAAAGAUCCUGAAACCAAAACCCAUUGCAGCAGCAGUUUCCGGCAGCAAAAGUGGCAGUAGCUGUGACUGCAAAAACGAAAGGGGAAACAGGAAAGGACAAAUUUCCAAAACAAUUUACAAAAGCAACAAAAGGAUUAUCAUGUUGAACGUUGGUGUUGUCAAAUAUUUGUAUGCGCUCCUCAUUUCCAAUUGAUAGCCAACCGGGAAUAAAGAGACUGGGGAUGAAAAACCACAAUAAAAAGGAUUUGAUUUUUAAAUAUGCAGAAACAAGAAAAAAGACGCGAACUGCGUCUGAAACGAUUUUGGCGUUCGCCAAAAACCACUUCAUCCGAAGAUUCAACCGGAUACGAGAGUCCAACACGAGCCAAGAGCUCCUCAAAUGAUGUCCAGCGUUUUAAUCACUUGCACUACACCAGUUUGGCUCAAAGUGCUCCCACGUACGAUGGCGGGGCGGAUAGCGAAGGUGGCGGGGUCGGCGGCGCUGGCAGUAAAAAUAAAACAUCCUUGGGCAAUGGUGGCUCCUCUUCGCUUAACAAUAAGCCCACAUGUUCAUUGCCAUUACUACAAGUUUGGCCAAGUCAGGACUCGCCACGAGGCGAAGCUGAUGGCCAGUCGUUUAUAUUCCCUGCCAUUGCCGAGACCAGUACGAGCAGCAGCAGUGGGGGCGGCAAUAGCAGCAGCACCACCAGUGGCAACACCACUCUGUUAACCAGCACAUCGGGCAACAGCAGCAACAGCACCGGCAAUCAUUUGACUCUGAACACAGGCGAACGUCGCAACUCACUCUACUGUGAUACUUUGCAUGCCGGCGACUCAGGCAUCGAUUCUGUUCAGGCAUCACCCUCACCCAAUGCAUUGCCUCCGCCACCGGGGGUGACUCUGAUUGGUAUGGCCAAUCCUUCGGCCGAUACGAUAAGUUCCUGCAAUGUUUCACCUGCCACCACGCCCACGCAAGGAUCGCCCAACCCCUCGUUGCGCGGCAAUCGCAUGGGUGCGAGGGCCAGCAUUAGCGUGGGCGCGCCAAACUAUCGCCGCAAAUCCAGUGCCCUACUGCAUCCCGAUCACGCCCGGCUGUUUGCGUUGCGCAUGAAACAUGCCGCCGCCUUGGAGAGGGCCCAAACUUCACCCGAUCAAACAUCCAUUGAGGAUGCGACUGAGUUUCACGACAAUGGUCUGGCAACAAAUUUGCGCCUCUGUUCUGCCUCGUCAUCGACGACCUCGUCGCUAACCUCCGUGGCUGCGGUAAGCCUAGGCGGGGGAGUAUCCUCCUCUGCUGCUGCAGCAGCACUGGCUGCUGCCGCCGGUGCGGGGGCCCAGCAGCGAGUCUCCGAUCCGUGGCUACAGCCGCAAUCAGAUCGAGAACGUGAUUCACGCCACGAGCGUCGGCGAUCAUCGACCGUGACGCGUUACUCGCUCUUCGAUGCCCUCGAUCUGGAGUAUGCCUUGCUGCGUGCCGCGGCGCGCGGUUCCGUCGGUCCCUACUCGUUGAGUGAAUCGAUACACAAACUGACCUUUACGCAAUCACUGGCGUUUCCAGCGCUGGCACGCGGUUUGGCUUCCAAACGUCGACGCUCGGCCACACGGAUGAGUUCGCGUCCCCUGAAUCCCAAUGAAUCCGGUUUAAAUACCUGCGCCAAAGUGGUAACCGCCGUGAUAUUAGUGGCAAUCUCUUUUAUGGUCUUUCUCAUAGUGUAUAAGUUUGUACGGACGUGAGGUUUACUCCUGGCCCCGACAGAUUUUCCCGUCACAUAUCAAAAUGCCUAUUCGCUGACCUCCUCGUCUGCGUCGGCGUCAGCAACGACUUCACUAACGGGAAUAAACAAUAGCAGUGCAUUGAAACCAUUGUCGGGGUUCAGGAGAGUGUUGGGUAUCAAAGAAAGAGAUUGAAACAAAACGAAAAAGGAAAAAAGAAGAAGACAUAAAAGAAAAAGUGCACAAAUUGAAAACCAAAAAAUAAGAAAAUACAACAUUAAAACAUAUUCAAAUGUGAUACAAUUUAAAUUACAAAAACAAAUUCAAAUACAAAUUGAAUAAAUUUAAAAAAAAUUAAUUAAAUCUAAUUCUAAAUGCAAAAUCAAUAAUAAUUGGAAUGUGUUAACAUCAUAUUUAUACAUACAAAACAUAUAAAAAAAAUAAAUAAAUCUUAUACAACAACAAUAAUAACAACUAAAACAACAUAUGCAUAUAAUCAACCAAAAGAAACUGACAAUUUAAACAUAUCUUUACAAACUAAAAUGCAACUACAACAAUCCCUAGAAAUGGAACAAAAAUUCUGCAACUACAGCCCUAUAACAAAUAACUUGACUUCUCUGUCUCCUUCUUCUUCUUCUGCUCUGACUUUCAAUUGAUCCUCUCACUUUAUUUCCCUCUUCAAGUAAGCCAAACAAUAUGCUCUUCUCUUUACUUUACUUUCUCUCUUUCUCUCUAUCAUGUGUUUGCUUCUCUUUUUAGCAUCUAGUCAAGUAGUAUUAAUUAAAAACAAAAUAAAAUAACAACGUAAAUUAAGCUAAGCUAAGUUAAAAGCCUAAGCCAUAAGGAAGAAACAACAAGGUUUCCUUUUUAGAGAAAACAAAAAAUUAACCCAAAAAGAAUAACUAAAAAAAACAAAAACAACAAUUUUUUAUGAGAAAUGCUCAAUUUUUAAGGAAAUCCCUGCUCUUUGUGAAUUAUUUAUAAGAAUCUGCUAACGCUUGAUAAAUGCAACUCAGUUAGAAAUAACCCAAUUCCUUAGCCAGCCAUUUGCAACGAGAAAAGGAAACCCCCUCAGAAGACCAACCAUUCCCUAGCAAUGCAAGACAAGCUAAGGCAAUUUUUAUGGCUGUCAGCCAAUCCUCUCCGUUUUCGCAGAAAAACUUGGCAGCCAUGAAACCAAACCAAACCACCCGGGACGAUUCUGGGAAGGCAGCAAAGAAAAUCAAAUUCCUGGGUGGCUGCUUGGUUGGCUUAGCUACGGGUUAUUGUCACCACAAUAAUUCGUUGUCUAUUGUCUGUCUGUUGCUCCGUUUAUAUUUUUCAAAGACGAUAACUUAAUUAAUAAACACUUUUUUUCCUAGAGCGCUUUUUAUCCUCUUCAAGUGCCCGGGCAAUCGCUUCAAUGACACUUAAAUAAUUGCAUUGCUUGUAAUGUUAGUUGCCAAGACAACAACAGCGAUAGCUAUCACAUCAUAAGAAGUGAUAAUAAUAAGCAACUUAAGAAAACUCAUAAAGGAAAACAUAAAAGGAGGUAGGUUAAGAUCUAAUGGGAAAUGAAAUUGGCUGGGAUAUUAGCCUUCAUUAUCAGGAUUGUUUUGCUUAAUCCUGAUUUAUUGAACCAAUAGUGAGAUUCUCUAGUGUUUAUGCCAUUAAGGACAGAAAUCUCUAACUUUGACGCACACAAAAUUUUUACCACAUUUUUACCUAUCGGCAGGUCUGGUCUUAGCGACGACUUUGAUUUCAGGAAAAAAUUUUAAUUUCUCAGGAAAAUUUCGUAAAAUACCGAAAGUAUAAGCAACUAACUCAAUAGUUAAUUAUUUACAAAAUCGCACUCCGAAGUCGCGAGAGUUUCAACAAAGGCGUUGUUUAGACUUUGUAUCUGAUCAACAACAAAAGACUCAACUGAGGUUUACACAAGACAAAUUGUCUUGAAUCAGAGUUGUCAUCAAUCAAUCCCUUACACACUUUUCCCACAAUUUUUACCUUUUUAAUCCUUUUGAGAAAACAAUAAUUUUCGACAAAUGGAAAUCAAUUGAAUAUUGCUGAAACAUAAAAGAAAUGAUGGACAAAAGAAUAAUGGAGCGAAAGACAGAUAUUCAUCAUUUAUCAAAGCUCAGAGGUAGUCAGGUUGUUAUAUGUUUACUAUUUCGGUAAAGCUUAAGUGUCAGCAGACCGUGUACUGUCCUGUUAUCUUUAGUGAACUAAUAUGAAAGAUCUUCAUGGACUUAGUUCAGCUGCUCUUUUCCGUGAAUUAUUCAUUUAAACUAUAUUAUUCUGGACCUAGACAUCAAGGAACUGUCCCAUAAUUCGAAAAAAGUAAUGUAAUUUGCAUUCAAUGCAUAAAAAUAACCAAUUUUACUGUCUAUCAUAAGACACAAUUUGUCUGAGUAAAAUUAGUAGCAUGAUAGAAUAAAGAAGGUAACCUUUUAAUAAUAUUUAAUAUUUUUCGAAAUUAGUUUAAUACCCUCCACCAUACAUAGUAUGGAGCAUGGCUUAAUAAGAAAGGUUGCUCAACUUCCAGGAAACUAGAAAAAUGCAACACUGUACUGGAGUCUUAUUAUGUCAAAUAGAAAAAAUGCACCAAAAGAAAAAAAUGUAUUUAGGAGGUAGCUUUGUUCUACCUUCUGUAAUUGUGCCAUUGUAUGGAGGGUAUAUUAAGUUCGUCAUUUCUUUUGUAACUCAUCGAAAUAAUAAUUUUCGACCUAACAAAGUAUAUUCUUGAUCAGUGUAAAACGAUUUAACCCUGUCCGUCUGACCGUCUGUUAUAAUCACGCUAGAGUCAAAGCGGAUAAAAGUGUGAAGCUAAAAUUUUGCACAGAUCAGUCUUUUGUCUUCAGGCAGAUCAAGUUCGAAGAUGGGCUAUAUCGGUCAACUAUAUCGUAUACCCCCCAUGUAUCGGUAACCCCGAUAUUCGGUAUUAUGAUGAUUGUAGCCAAAUGUUUUCAAUGAAAUUGUUUGAAAAUUCACAAAUGGAGUUUCUUCUGAGUACUUUACCUCCCGCAAGAGUAUUCUGUAUAUAGAUCCACGAUAUUGAAAUAAUGAAAUUGUUUAAAUAUCCAUACUAGAAGCUCUUUCAACCUUGGAAGAGGCAUGUCUAUAUACUCGUAGGUUCAUGAUAUCGUAUAGCUCACAUACAACGGUAGCUUCCGAUAUCGAUAUUUUGACGAUUUUAUGAACAUUAUUCACCAGAGUUGUAUCAAAUUUCGUAUUUAGAAUUCGUAAAGGGUACUACAGCCUAUGGCAAAAAAAAUUGCGUGAGCAGGCCCACGUCUUCGUAUUGCCUCCACAUAACUGCACCUAUUUCGGUAUUUUGGCGAUUUUUGGUACAAUGUUCACCGAAAUUGUUUGAAAUUUCGUAUUUGAAGUUCCUAAUAGCUACUACAGCCUGUGACAUAAAAUUGUCGUAUAUAGCCCCAAUAUAACGGUAUCUACCUAUAUUCGGUAUUUUGAUGAUUUUAGUUAUAUCAUUCACUUGAUUUUUUUACGUAUUUGAAUAUUGUAAUGGCUUAUGACAAAAGUUGUCUAUGCAGGUCCACGUCUUCGUAUAGAAUCCAAUAUAACGGUUAUAUUCGGUAUUUCUAACAUUUUAACAGAAUUUUCAACGGAUGUCGGCCCAGCCGAACUUACUGUUUUUUUUACUGUUUUAUUUUUGACAAAAACUCUAAUGUAAACAUAGUAUUAUAAUCUAGUUUUAAAAUUUUAA